AUGUUUGUUGCCGCCCUAAUCUUACAGUUGUACUUUAGACAUAGUCAUGCUGUGCUGGAAAGAGGAAUCGCAUUACAUCACUCAAACGAGACUCAACAAGCCUCGCAUUCCUUCAAGCCAGCUUAUUACGACAACAUUCGCCUCUCUCGGCCAGGCCACGGGCGGGAUUCGUCAGCGACCGGCUUCCUGAUGGCACAUGGAGUCGGGUUGCAGGCAUAA